CUGAUUCACUCCUUAGUGCCAGAUACGCACCUAUGCUGUCGACGUGUGUUUGAUAUUUUAAUAUAAUAAUAAUCAUAAAUAAAUAAGUAAACCCUGAGAGAGAAAGCGUUUCAAUUCACUCGCAACCAAAAUUCGUGUUCUGUUUUGAGUUAUACUGCUCUCUGUAAUAUGAGGUGACUUGAAAAUGGAUGAGUUACCGGGAUAUGUGCGUACCUGUUUGAAUACAGGGAAGCUUGUCUUUUUGGCAAUUUUGGUCUCAGGAGGAAUUGUCUUGCAAGUUUUGGCAUGUGCUUUGUAUAAUAAUUGGUGGCCGAUGCUUAGUGCGAUUACAUAUGUGCUUCUUCCAAUGCCUUUGCUGUUCUUUGCUGGGUCUGAUGGUUCUUCUAUGUUUUCUGAAUCUGAUAAUAGCUGGGUGAAUUUCGGCAAGUUCUUGACAGGAGCCUCAACUCUCGGAGGCAUUGCCAUUCCAAGUAUAUUAAAGCAUGCUGGGGUGAUCGGUUGGGCAGCCUUUGCAAUGGAAAUCUCUUCUUUCUUUGUGUUUAUAUUAGCCAUAUUGUGUUUCCUGUGGAUGAGUGAUGAAGAUUAUUACAGCAUGCUAUGAAACAGGAGUUCAACAGGGCUUGCUUCAUUGGUGUAAAAAUGUAUUUGUUCCUUCUGUGUGCUAUUGAUUUCAAUUGCUUUUGUAAUAUUCACCACAACAUGCUUUCCCCAGUUCAAAUAUUGAUAAACUUGUACUAUAAUUAUUUGCUUUUGUGUUUAAACAAGUAUUGAUGGCCUCUCCUUUUUCACAUGUUCCUCA